AUGCCCAACAGCAGCUCCAUCAGCGAGUUCCUCCUGCUGGCGUUGGCAGACAUGCGGCAGCUGCAGCUCCUGCACUUCUGGCUCUUGCUGGGCAUCUACCUGGCUGCCCUCCUGGGCAACGGCCUCAUCAGCACAGCCGUAGCCUGCCACCACCAUCUGAACACCCCCAUGUACUUCUUCCUGCUCGACCUCGCCCUCCUCGACCUGGGCUGCAUCUCCACUACUCUCCCCAAAGCCAUGGCCAAUGCCCUCUGGGACACCAGGGACAUCUCCUAUGCUGGAUGUGCUGCACAGGUCUUUCUGUUUGUCUUUCUGAUAUCAGCAGAGUAUUGCAUUCUCACCAUCAUGUCCUAUGACCGCUACGUUGCCAUCUGCAAGCCCCUGCACUACGGGACCUUGAUGGACAGCAGAGCUUGUGCCACCAUGGCAGCAGCUGCCUGGGCCACUGGGGUUCUCUAUUCCCUGCUGCACACUGCCAACACAUUUUCACUGCCUCUCUGCCAAGGCAAUGCUUUGGAUCAGUUCUUCUGUGAAAUCCCCCAGAUCCUCAAGCUCUCCUGCUCAGAAUCAGACUACCUCAGGGAAAUUGGAUUUAUUAUAGUUAGUGUUCUUGCCAUAUUUGGGUGUUUUAUAUUCAUUGUUGUGUCGUAUGUGCAGAUCUUCAGGGCUGUGCUGAGGAUGCCCUCUGAGCAGGGCCGGCACAAAGCCUUCUCCACAUGCCUCCCUCACCUGGCUGUGGUCUCUCUCUUUAUCACCACUGACUUUCUGGCCUACCUGAAGCCCUCCUCCAUCUCCUCAACAUCCCUGGACCUGGUGGUGUCAUUUCUGUACUCUGUGGUGCCUCCAACACUGAAUCCUCUCAUCUACAGCAUGCGGAACCAGGAGCUCAAGGAUGCAGUGAGGAAAAUGAUGUCAUGGACAAAUAUCAGCAGGGGUCGUCUUCUCAUCUGUCUGAAUAAAUGA